AUUAGUACUUGAAACCGAAUGUGGAAGAGAGAGAGAAAAAGAAAUACGAACGAGGGGAGAAUGAGGAAAGAUGAGACGCGUGGAAUGGAGAGAGAAAGGAAGGGGGAGGAGACUAACUGAAAAAGAGAUUUGAAGGCACAUCGGCAGUUCCAGCGCACUUCCCCUCGCGCUGAAUAUCAAGUCCAACAAAGACUGAUGGUAGCCGUUGAAAGAGGAUCAACCACUAUUGGAAUCAGACAAAAAGAAAUCCAUUAGAAACGGGAGAAUAUUGAUCUGAUGACGCAAUCAUGAUAUGAGUGUGGUUCCCCGACCAGUAUAGAACAGUGCUCAUUUUUUCAAAUGUUAAAAUAAUUGUUUAAUUUCGAUGAAAUAAGCAAAAAAUGCAAUUUACGACCGCGUUGAUUAGUGGUGAAGGUUACGAGAGAACCAGAUGGGGGUGGAAAGAAAGAAAGGGACCCCGUCACCAGUCGCACAUGGCGCGCCCAUAGCACCCAACAGUCAAAGUGUUGGCCGUCUUUGUACACACUACACACAGUUUUUUUCAACGCUUCCGAGAACAUUUUCUCUCGGUUUUGAUCUCGACGAUUACCUUCUGUACUUACGCCAUCUCAGGUGAUUCUGGUGGCCCUACCGACGUCACCUCAACGGAUUUCUGUGAUCGUCUGCUAGUUUGCACAAUCUGAAAUGUUGGGGACGUUUUCCAAAUUGAAGGCGGCCAUCAAGCUGAAGACGACGUCAGUCAAAAUUACGACGCCGGUCUUUGCGUUGCACUAUCGACUAACCUUCCUCGUUUUGCUGACUUCCUCAAUAUUGGUCACUUCCCGGCAGUACAUUGGCGAACACAUCCAAUGCAUUCAAGACGCAGUGGCCGUACCGAUUAAAAUUCUCAACAAUUACUGCUUCAUUUCGUCGACAUUUUCCAUUCCACGCACGACGCCGAUUGCCAAAGGCGAGCUCAGUCUCUUUGGAUUGGGACCUUACACUGAAGAAGAUGACGUGACUUAUCAUGCCUAUUAUCAAUGGGUUCCGUUCGUCUUGUUUGGUCAAGCUCUCAUGUUCUACACUCCGUACUAUCUGUGGAAGAUGUGGGAAGGCACCAAAGUUCGCAACAUCAUCCAAGGCAUGCACAUCUUCACCAUUAAAGAGAAAAUUGAAGUGCGAGAUGAAAAAGAAGAGAUCUUGACGAAGUACAUUGUCAGGAAUCUCCACGAGCACAAUGGAUGGGCCAUUCGAUUCUUCGUGUGUGAACUUUUGAAUCUGGUGAACGUGAUUGGGCAAAUUUUCUUGACCAACCGCUUUUUGGGCGGCGAAUUUCUACGUUACGGCAUUGAAGUCGUUGAAUUUUUGGACCAAGAUCCGGAAACGCGUGUCGAUCCUAUGGCGCGGGUGUUUCCCCGACUGACGAAAUGCGUUUUCCACAAAUACGGUUCUUCCGGUACAAUUCAGAGACAUGACGCACUUUGCAUUCUCGCCUUGAAUAUCAUCAAUGAAAAAAUUUACACUUUCCUCUGGUUUUGGUUCAUUAUUUUGGCCAUCAUCACCAGCAUCGAUUUCCUCGCUCGUGUUGUUAUCGUCAUGAUGCCGCCCGUGAGAAUGUUUCUUUUGCGUAGCCGCCUCUCUGCCCCUCAAAAAGAUGAUGCUGACGUCAUUACUCAGCGAUGCUCCAUCGGUGAUUGGCUGCUCGUCGACUUCUUAUCCAAGAAUAUGGACACGAUGGUUUUCUCCAACGUUGUGGGCAAACUGGCCAAAGAACUCGAAUAUGGAAGUAAAUUCACUGGCCAUGUCAGUGAAUCCACUCCAAUGAUGAGCUGAUCUUUUUAUCGUCUUUCAUUUUAUUUUUUUUCGAUCUUCUCUAUUUUUUUUCUAAUCAAGUCUUGGAAUGUAUGAGCAAAUUUUUUCAAACUGUGGUCUCCAACGGGAACUCGUACAUUUUCUUUAUUUUUUUUAAAAACUUCAGUCUUUGAGACUUGUAAUGUUUAGUCAACGAACAAAUUCAAGUCAUCCGUACAAUAUAAAAAGAAUUGUGUCAAUUUA